GUGUAAUCAGUUCAAUAGAUGUUGCAAUAUUGGAGACUUGCGAAUAAUUUUUGAAACUGACUUUUGGAAGGUUGCAUCUUAUAAAUGUAGUGUUUUCCUGUCAUUCAAGGUAGGCACAUAUUUCCUCAAAAUAAACUGUACAAAAUGUAUUUGGCUAGGACAAAAAAUAGCAUAUCUCAGACAUCCAGAUCACUAGUGGUUUGUGGAAGUCUGAGAAACUGAUAACACUGCUUCUGGAGUUUUGAUCUUUUCAAUAUUUUCUCCUCACAUUCUUGGCACUUACACAUACAGUGUGAUAGCAUUUGAUGAGCCGAGCUAAUCAAAGGAAGGUGAGUUACUUUUAGGCUGAAAUGCAAUUAGACCAGUUGGAGUGAGUGUAAUUGUUGAAAUAUUAGAUUGCAGCUGAUGAGCCUCCACCAAAAGCUUGUAGUGCAUUUGUGGUUAUUCAUGGGAAGAGCACCUGUAAGACUAAUGAAAUUAAGAAACUUCUGAAGAAGGCUGCUGCAAGGCCCAAGCCAAAUUUGUUGAAAGGAGAUCAUAAAUACCCUACACUCAAUGAAUCUGACCUGGUGGUGAUCCUUUAUGCUGAAAUGGGUACCAAAGAGUUUGCCACAUUUCACAAACUAUUGUCUGAGAAAGCCCAAAAGGAGGAGAUCAUUUACAUUCUGCGACAUUAUGUCCAGAAACCUAGGUCUGAGAAGAUGUAUCUGUCUGGAUAUGGUGUGGAACUCGCAAUAAAGAGUACAGAAUACAAAGCAGUGGAUGACUCUCAGACUGAAGCUACAAGAAAUGAAACAGAGAGAGAAGGUGAUGAGGAAAGUGAGGUCCAGGGAUUUCUCUUUGACACGUUAAGGCAGAACUACCCUGACCUCAAAGACAAUUUGAAAGAGCUGAGAAAAUAUCUGAUUGAAAGUACCGAUGAUACUGAGCCUUUGAAGGUGUGGGAAUUGCAAGACAUUAGUCUUCAGGCAGCAUCUCAAAUCCUCUCUGCUCCUGUUUACAGUGCAUUAAAAGUAAUGAAAGACAUUGCACAAAACUUCCCAGUGAAGGCCAGAUCUCUGUCCAGAAUGCUAGUAAACCUGGAAAUGCGAAAAGAAAUAAAAGAAAAUCAAAAGCAUCUGCAUGAAACUCUUGAACUUCAACCUGGUGAAGCACAUUUAUUUCUAAAUGGUCUUCCUAUAGACCUGGAUUUUCAUGAUUCAUUCAGUAUUUUAGAAACUCUAAAGCUGGAAGGGAAAGCAAUGCAUGGACUUCAUUCCCUUGGAAUUAAGGGAGAAGUUCUCAGGAAAUUAAUGAGAUUACCUGUUCGAUCUAAUGAUGACACUUAUGCAAUAGACAUCCGUCACUCUUCAAUAAUUUGGAUCAACAACAUAGAAAAGGAUCAGAUGUAUAACAAGUGGCCUUCAAGUUUUCAGGAGCUUCUUAAGCCGGCAUAUGCAGGAAUGAUGGGGCAGAUUCGACGCAAUUUAUACAACUUGGUCGUCUUCAUUGAUCCUGUCCAGGAAGAAGCAGCUGACUUUAUGAAACUUGUUGAGGUAAUCUACAGUCAAAAAGUGCCUCUUAGAAUUGGAUUUGUUUUCAUUUUAAAUACUGAUGAAGUGGUUGAUGGAAAUGUGGAUGCGGGAGUAGCUUUAUGGAGAGCUUUUAACUACGUUGCAGAUGAAAUGGAUAUCCCUGAAGCUUUUGCCACCAUGAUAAAUAUGUACCACGAAGUAAAAGAUAGAGGUGUACUUUCUGUAGAUGAUGUGAAGCGCAUUCUUCGUAGUGAAUUUCCUCAUGCUGACAUGCAAGAUAUCCUAGGCAUUCACUCUGAAUAUGAUGAGAAGAGAAAGGCAGGAGCAGUGUUUUAUAAGAAGACUGGCCUGGGUCCAUUGCCUCAAGCUCUCUUUAAUGGUGUGCCCUUUAACAGAAAAGAGAUGAAUGUUGCAGAGCUACAGACCUCUCUGCUGAAGAUUGUGGAUGCCACAGAGUCCUUUCAGCGGGCAGUGUUCAUGGGCUUGCUGAACGACCAUAAAGAUGCAGUAGACUUCAUCAUGGAGCAGCAGAAUGUAGUUUCACAUAUAAAUGACAAAAUUCUCAGCACUGAAAAAAGAUAUUUGAACUUUAUACCACCGUCAGUUCCAGUAGAUACAAGUGAUUUUUCAACUUUUUCCUUCUUGGACUCCCAAGAUAAGACAUUUGUUGUUGCAGAAAACAUGAAAUAUGUGACAAGAAAAGAUGAAGACAUAAUAUAUCCAGUUACCAUAUGGAUUGUUGCUGAUUAUGACAAGCCAGAUGGGAGGCAAUUGCUUGCUACUGCAGUGAAACACCUGAAAACAAGCAGUCACGUGCAGCUUGGGAUUGUGAAUAAUCCUACAUCAAAAAUUACUGAAGACAGCACUGUCAUUGCAAGGGCAAUCCUGGCAGCUUUAUUAACACAGAAAAACACAAGUUUGAAAAACUUCCUUAGUCGGAUUCUUAAGGAGGAAACAGCAGUGGCUCUUGCUACAGGAACUAAAAUCAAGAAAUUUCUUGUACUGGGCAUGGAUGGUGAUGUAUUUGAGAAGAAAUACCACACACUGGGUGUAGAUAUGAUUCAGGCUCACCGGAUAUUUUGUCAGGAGGUUCUUAGGCUGCUUCCUGGGCAAAUGGCUGUCAUCAGUAAUGGCAGGGUUAUAGGCCCUUUACAAGAAAAUGAAUUAAGUGCAGAAGAUUUUAACUUGUUGGAGAAGGUAACACUAAGUUUAGGAGCUGUGAAGAUUAAAGCGCUUGUCAAAGAAAUGGGUGUUGACAGUAAACGUGGCAGCAAUUUAGUAAUGAAAGUGAAUGCGCUUCUUUCUUCAUUGCCAAAAAUGGAUACUCGUCGAGAUGUUGAAUUUCUUAAAGAACAACACAGUGUACUAAAGGUAGAUCCGCAGCAAAAUGAACCCUUCUUUGAUGUUGUUGGAAUUGUAGAUCCAUUAACAAGGGAAGCACAGAAGCUGUCACAGUUACUACUUGUACUUGGUCAAAUUGUCAACAUGAGGCUGAGGCUCUUCAUGAACUGCAAACUUAAACUGUCAGAAGCACCUUUGAAGGGUUUCUAUCGUUUUGUUCUGGAGCCAGAACUCACUGCUGGGACCAAUAAUUUCUUUCCUCUUCCACCUGGGGCAAAUUUCUUUGAAAUGCCAGACUCCCCUCUCCUGACACUAAACAUGAUAACUCCAGAAAGCUGGUUGGUUGAAGCAGUGAACAGUUCCUAUGACCUUGAUAACAUUCGUUUGAAAGAUGUGGAUGGUGUUGUUUCAGCUGAGUACGAAUUGGAAUAUUUGUUGCUUGAAGGACACUGUUUUGAUGUGACCACUAGACAGCCGCCUCGUGGACUGCAGUUUACCCUAGGAACAAGGAAUAACCCUAUUAAGGUUGAUACUAUUGUGAUGGCCAAUCUGGGAUAUUUUCAAUUAAAAGCAAACCCAGGUGCUUGGACUUUGAGACUACGUGGAGGAAGAUCUGAAGACAUCUACCAAAUAUUUAAGCAUGAAGGGACUGAAUCUUCUGAAGUUUCAGAGGAGGUUAUCGUGGUAUUAAACAAUUUCAGAAGCAAAAUCAUCAAAGUCCAAGUACAGAAGAAACCUGAUAAAAUUGAUGAAGAGCUCCUGAGUGAUGAGCUGAGAGGAGAAGAGGAGGAGAAGUCUGUGGCAAGUUCUACAGGAGGAACUCAAACAGCAGAGAAGAAAGUGGAUAUAUUAAACAUCUUUUCUGUUGCAUCUGGCCAUUUAUAUGAACGUUUUUUAAGAAUUAUGAUGCUCUCAGUUCUGCACCACACCAAGACACCAGUUAAAUUUUGGUUUCUCAAAAAUUAUCUGUCUCCUACCUUUAAAAAAGUUAUCCCUUACAUGGCAGAAGAAUAUGGAUUCCAGUAUGAACUUGUGCAGUACAAAUGGCCUCGCUGGCUUCAUCAACAGACAGAAAAGCAAAGGAUCAUUUGGGGUUAUAAAAUUCUCUUCCUAGAUGUUCUCUUUCCAUUGGCUCUGGACAAGAUAAUAUUUGUUGAUGCUGAUCAGAUUGUAAGAAGUGACCUGAAAGAACUCAGAGAUAUAGAUCUGAAAGGAGCACCUUAUGGUUAUACUCCCUUCUGUGAUAGUCGGAAAGAAAUGGAUGGCUACCGAUUCUGGAAGUCAGGUUAUUGGGCUUCACAUCUUGGGAAAAAGAAAUACCACAUUAGCGCUUUAUAUGUUGUGGAUCUCAAGAGGUUCCGGAAGAUUGCUGCAGGAGACAGACUUCGAGGUCAAUAUCAAGCACUUAGUCAGGAUCCAAACAGCCUAUCAAAUCUUGAUCAGGAUCUUCCAAAUAACAUGAUUCAUCAGGUGGCCAUUAAGUCUCUUCCUCAAGAGUGGUUGUGGUGUGAAACAUGGUGCAAUGAUGAAUCCAAAGAAAAAGCAAAAACCAUUGAUCUGUGUAACAACCCCAAAACCAAAGAACCUAAGCUAGAAGCUGCUAUCAGGAUCGUUCCUGAGUGGACACAGUAUGACUCUGAAAUACAGAAGUUAAUAAAUCGGAUGAGGAAAGAGCAAAAAGACAUGAUGCAGUCAAGUCAAACAGGUUCCAAGCAUGAUGAACUUUAGGAAUAUUUGGAAGUAGUCCUGAUGGCACAAAUGCUCACUGCUGGCCAUGGAUUGGGGGUGGGGAGGUGGAUGCUAACUUUUGUGAGUGUAAAUACAGAGAUGCUCUAUAUUUUUUGAUUCAUGAACAUGCAAAAGGUUUUUUGCAAGGGAAAGCUUCUUUGGACUUUCCUUGUACUGUACUGUAUGACUUAUUCAAUCUGGGGAGCUUCUCGCUUCUGCUGUUUGCAAAGGCAGAUCUAAGUUCUGGUGCUACAUUCCCUAAGCACACACUGCUCCUAUUUCACAUUGUCUGCUUUAAAUCACAUGCAAUUCAGAGGUGUGUGAGUGAUCACCUCCGAGUGUCUACCUGCACAGAGCAGCCAUGUGAUACUUAAUUUAUUUUAAAAUCCUCUACUCUUUCUGCCAUAGUUUCCAAGAUAAAACUUGAAAUUAGUCUUGCUUUUUCUGGCCAUCAUGUUUGCACGCUGUUUUGUCAGUGCAUUGUAACUUUCAUUUGAACUCUAACUUAUUUAAGAAACCAUACAGUUUUUCAUAGUGGAUACAUGAGGAAUUUGGAGGGCCAGCUCAGCCACUGUUUGAACCACCCAAUAAUUCCUCUGUGAUCCUAAGAUACUGUCAAAAGAUGUGGGGCUUCUGCCCCUCUCCCCUUCCAUCAGUAACUCAAAAGCUGACAUAAUGUCACUGGGCUCAAAAUUCCCUGCAAAAAUCAUCAAGCGGAGCAACUUAAAUGUUAUGGCCUCAUGCUACAGAUUCUAUAAUUCUAGAUUUUUGGGUGGGGGAAUGCAAGAUGAAGGGCUGCUUCUUUCAAGAGCAGCGGUUUGUCCUGUGUAACAUGAAGUUCUGCUUGUAAAACUGAGUAUCUGACAAUACUGCUUGGUAAA